CAAACAGCACAGUCACAAACCACCAAUAAACACACGAUUUUCAAAAUGGCAGCCGUCACGAACCACGGGCUCUUCUACACCGAGCAGCUGACCACUCCCCUCCGCGUCGCGCAAGUCGUCGGCUUAACCAGCGCCACCUUCCUCGCCGGGAAGACGUUCGCACAGUCCUUCGGCACCAUUCCCGCCUUCCUGAAGGCGCCAGCACCGCUCCUCGCCAAGCAAUGGAAGACCAUGUAUGACGGCGACGUGCUCAUCGCUCCUGCCACUUCCGCCAUUGGGCUGGGCGUGUUCGGAUACUUUGCCUACCGAGACCCCAAUGCCUGGAGCCACCACCAAAUCCUCUACACCACCGCCUCCGCCCUCAUGGCCAUCCUGAUCCCAUACUCCACCCUCCUCCUCGGCCCAAUUAACAGCAAGCUCGAGAAGAAGGCCAGUGAUCUCGCUUCCGCCUCUCUUACCGAUGCCGAGGCGGAGUCGGGAAUGAGUAAGGAGGAGUCGACGCAUGGUUUGGUCGAUACCUGGGGCACGAUCAACUUCGGCCGCGCCAUCAUCAGUGGUGUUGCGGCUCUCGCUGCCACGUGGGCGGCGGUGGACCGUCUCGAGGUCGUCCCGGCUGUUGCCAAAGUUAUGGGUGGUGCGGAUCGGAUGGGUCAUUAGGAGACGUAGUAUUGACGUCAUGUAGCGAUUGUACGGUGCUGGGUGUGGGUGGCGAUCUGGUCGAAGGACGUAUCAUCGUGAGCGUGCGCAUGAGCAUAUCAGACACUAUGGGUUAUGGCGUUGGCAGGCUGACGUUAUGACCAAGAUAUGUAUGUACUAUUACACUCCUGAAUGGCA